UUUGUUUUCGGGUUGAAAAAAUAAUUCAUUAAUUAAUUUAUUUUUGACGUGUCGGAAAAAAAAUCGGUCGAGCAGGCAGUUCGGGCACGACGGGCAGGAAUCUGGGCUUGCCCGCGGUUAGCUCCGUCCCUUUUUCCCCCAAAGCUCUUCGGAGCACCAAAAAUAUAAUAUUUAUUCGUACCCCCAAAUUGAUUCAAUAAUCGAAUCACCUCUCAAUUUUUUGUCUCCUUAUUUAUCAUUUCUCGGAUCAUUUUUUCGUAAUCGACGGGCGGAUAUGGAGAUCGACGAGAUAUUGGGGGAGCCAAAGCAGGCGAUCAUGACGACGAAGAGCGUUAUAUACGCGUGGGGCUACAAUCAGUCGGGUCAAACGGGUCGGAGGAGUGAAGAGGGGAAUCUGCGGAUCCCCAGGCAGCUGCCGAUGGACCUCUUCGGCUGUCCGACCGGCGGCGGCAGCUCGCGGUGGCUCGACAUUGCCUGCGGCCGCGAGCACACCGCCGCUGCCGCCUCUGAUGGAUCGCUCUUCACCUGGGGGGCAAAUGAGUAUGGGCAGCUUGGGGAUGGUACUGAAAAGGGUCGAAAAUACCCAAAGAAAGUUAAGUCCCUGCAAUCUGAAUUCGUGAUCUCUGUAUCUUGUGGGGCACAUUGCACGGCGGCCAUUGCCGAGCCUCGCGAAAAUGAUGGAUCUCUUUCGACUAGGAGACUAUGGGUUUGGGGACAGAAUCAGGUUAUUCGCCAGGUCUCUUGUGGGGCCGUUCAUGUGGUAGCUCUGUCAGAAGAUGGCUUGCUACAAGCAUGGGGUAUGUUCAAUUUUGUCACUCCAUCUGAUAAAUCAGGCUAUAAUGAGUAUGGCCAGCUUGGCAGAGGUAUUACCUGUGAAGGCCUUCAGGGGGCUCGUCUAAUUAACGGGUUUGCUAGGUUUCUGGAUGAGGCCCCUGAGCUUGUCAAGAUUACCCAGGUUUCAUGUGGAGAGUACCAUACUGCAGCUAUAUCAGAUACUGGCGAGGUCUAUACUUGGGGACUCGGGAGUAUGGGUCAACUCGGACAUUGUUCCCUUCAGUCUGGCGAUAAAGAGCUUCUGCCCAGACGUGUAGUUGCUCUUGAUGGGAUAUUCGUGAAGGAUGUUGCAUGUGGCGGUGUUCAUACGUGUGCUUUGACAGAGAAAGGGGCCCUCUAUGCUUGGGGCGGAGGCCACGCCGGGCAAUUGGGCCUGGGCCCACAGAAUGGGUUCUUUUCUUGUGUGCCCAACGGGUCUGAAAUGAUGCUCCGCAACAUACCUGUUCUGGUGAUUCCGACUGGCGUGAAGCUCGUCUGUUGCGGCCAUUGUCACACCCUUAUUUGCACCAAGGAAGGGAGAAUAUAUGGCUGGGGUUACAAUAGCUAUGGUCAGGCUGCUAACGAAAAGUGUACUUAUGCGUGGUAUCCUUCCCCCGUCGACUGGUGUGUUGGGGAAGUAAGGAAGUUGGCUGCGGGAGGCGGCCACUCGGCUGUUUUAACAGAUGCAUGCUCGUUGAAGGAGCUGUGUGAGUUUGCUCUUGCAAACAAUGUGAACCUGUCAAAUGCUUCAGCUAUCGAGGAUGUUGCCUUAAGAUCUGGCUCGGAUGCUUUAGCCCGCCUUUGUGAAAGAUUUAGGGAGCAUUUGCUCAAUGGUGGUGAGUGUGACAGAGAUGCUGACUGUUGGUCAUUCGUUUCUUCUCAAGCAAAUGUCAGAGUAACUUAAUACUGUAAACUACAAACAUAAGACCUCAAUUGAUGUCUGUAUUUCUAGUUAGUACCCGCCAGACAUUGUUAUGUGAAUACUGUGUAAUGUACUAUUUGUGGAUGAAAAAGCAUUUAAACAGGUCCGUUAUUUUCUUUUUAUUCCUUUAAAUUUGUAUAUGUCGAAGCUGAAACCUAGUGAUGAUCAUUGAAGAUCUUUUGUUCGCAUGAAUAUUAGAGAUUUUAUCAGAUACUAUUAUUGUUCA